AUGUCUUUCUCAAACAGUGGUGGGGGCACACUCGCCUUACCUUCUCCUACACACGCUCAUCAGAUCGAUGUGACUUCUGCCGUACGCAAUCUGAGGCGCUCCAUUUCACGAUCACCGACCAAGUUUUUGUCACGAACACACUCUCACACCACCGAGGGCUCUCGGCCGGUAUCUCCUCAGUCACCUUCUUGCCGACGAAUUCGCUCAACACCUUUGACACAAGGUCAUUUCCCUUCACUGACACAGUCCGCGCCACCAGCCUCAGGCGCAGCUGGGGAUUCAGGCCUUCAACCAUCAUUGUGUUUUACUCCUCUACGACCUGGUUCUAGACUCUCCCUGCGGUCGGCCAAGUCUGUUAAAACAGCCUCGCCGUCCCGACUUGCACGAGCACGAGUAUCACCCAAGAGCCCCCUGAGACGGGCGCUCACUACUUCGCCAGACGCGGUAAAUACUGCGCAGCAAGGGCUUUCCUAUUUCCCCAAUAUCGACAGCCCAAUGGGACAAGAGAAUAGCCCGAAGAACUCUUCCCGCAGCCCGAUCUCGCGCCGCAACCCAGAAAAGACAACCCGACAUAGCCUUCAUUUGGACGUAACGGGCGCUUCACAAACAGCUUUCUUGAAAGCCCUUGAUUCGAAGAUUGACGCUGUUAUCUCAACCGGUACAUUGAAGCGAAGUGAUGCGACCAUGAAUCUCGACCAACCAAACCAAGGAAGCCCGAUGCCUAAACGGCGAAGUCUUCAUGGUAUCUCCAACUUGAUCGCCCCUGGAAGUGAGGAUUUGAAUGUUUUUGGACCUGUCACAACGACACCUGGCGAGACUUUUGAUAUACACGAGGAUAUGCGAACCGAGCAAGAACCAAGUAACUUGGAAGGGCUGUCCAUCUUCCAGCUACGUGAACCUGUCUCUUCACCAUUGUCGAAUAUGCCUAAAAGAAGCUCCUCACUUCGCAAGUCGACAUUGCAGCAGAGGUAUGGUGAAAAGGGCUCAUUGGGUCGACGAAAUGGAGAGCGCCAGCUUGCUCAGAUGGGUAGCCCCGACUUGUCUACUCCUCCAAGACUUCGACCCCGACUUUCGACAGAGCAUUUCAGCCCACCAUCGGCUACUCGUGAUAGCCCGUUCUCAGGAACCCCGUCGUUCUUCAACCCCUCAACUGAAAGCAAGCCACUUCACCAGCCGCAUCCUCUGUCCAAGACUCUCUCUACGUCAUCUUCUGGGAACAGCCUGGCUGAAGAGCAGUCUUUCUUUGCGCCUGCACGACCUGUUGUGACAGAAAAGGCUAAACCACACCCGUUUUCACGAUCUUUGCCUCUCAACGCAACACGCCCUACCGGCCGAUUUCCGCAGGACACUACCUCCGAGGUAACAUCGACUCCGGCACAAAACAAUCAGUUGUGGCUCGGUGCCUUUAACUCCACUGGAUUGAUCUCCAAGGUCAACCGAAACCCCGAAGGUGACGGCGGAAGGAAGUUCGCCCCACCUGACACUCCGUGCAAGAAGCAUUCGAAUAUCUUCGCUACUUUCCCACCGCCAAUGGGUAGCGCUAGUGCCAUGAAGAAGAAGAAGAAAGUGACCAAUAAUCGCAAUUCAUUCGGUGGCCUUCCUUCUACUCCAUUUAACUUCCCCCCUAGCGAUGAGCCAGAUACGUUUGGUAACCCAAGCAAAGGGUUGUCAAUCUUUCAGCGCGGCUCUGCCAAUCGAAGCUCUCGCCGCGGAAACUUCCUCUUUAUGCAGGACGCAGAUGAUUCCAACCCAUUUGGAGAUGGAUUCAAUGAGAGCAACCCGAUGGAGGGCGAUGCUCCGCCGACCCCUACCAAGAACACUCUCACCCCGAGCCUCAGCAACCUCAGCGAGCAUUCGAGUGAGCACUCAUUAGAGAGCCCUAGCGCCAAGCGCAAUAUUUUCUUGGCCCCGACCUCUGCCGUGCGACCUGCCCUCUUCCGAAACCCUACUUCCGAAUCAGUAGCAAGUGGGCGACGCACACCGCAAACACCGCAAGAGAGUCUGCUGCCAUUGGAUACCAGCCGGCUGUCUCUUGCUGGUGAGGUAUCCAGGGCCGAAACUGGGAUGCCACCUCCUGUUACACCUACCACUGGACGUGAGGACUUUAGGUCAUCUACCAGUAUUUUGGAAACACCUGUGAACGGAAGAAACAAUAGCAUUGAUGUAGAUGCUAGCCUUUUCUCGAGGUUCGAUAAAGUGGAGCAGGUUGGUCGAGGCGAGUUUUCCACAGUCUAUCGUGUCACCAAGUCUGCAAGGCUCGAAGACUCUUUCGACCUUGGCUCGACUACACCUCUACCUCGAAGCCCUGCCAAAGGUCAGGUAUACGCUGUCAAGAAAAGCCGACACCCUUAUACCGGAUCUCGAGACCGGAACAACAAGCUCCGCGAGGCACAUAUUUUGCGCGCGUUGAUGAACUCUGACCACGUGGUGCAAUAUAUCGAUGACUGGGAGCACCAGUUUCAUUUCUAUAUCCAGACAGAGUUCUGUGAGGAGGGUAGUCUCGACAAGUUCCUGGGCAACGUUGGAUUCGGAGGACGUCUGGAUGAUUUCCGGAUCUUCAAGAUCCUCCAGGAUCUUUGCUUGGGUUUGAAAGAGAUACACGAUGCUGGAUUCAUGCAUCUGGAUAUGAAGCCCGCAAAUGUUCUCGUUACAUUUGAGGGUUCUCUUAAGAUUGGUGAUUUUGGUCUUGCACAACCAAUCGCCUCAACCGAUCGCGUUGGAGACGGCGUCGAUAUUGAGGGUGACCGUGAAUACAUGGCCCCCGAGAUGCUCAAGGGAGGGGUUGGACCCUCUGCCGACAUCUUCUCCCUGGGUCUCAUGAUUCUGGAGACUGCCGCCAAUGUGGUUCUUCCCGAUAAUGGCCCCAGUUGGAUAAGGCUGCGAUCGGGCGACUUGUCUGAAGUGCCUAGCCUGACCUCGGUCCCUUCGAGUGAAGUCCAGCAAGACGCCAAUAGUCUGCAGAGCGAUGAGUUUAUGGGUGGUGGGAGUCACCUCGGCUCUUACAAGCGUUCUGAACUGCCAAACGCACCAGACUUUAUGGUCGAUGCGGCCAACUCAAGCUCACUGGAUUCUAUCGUGCGCUGGAUGACCGCCCAGGAGCCUGCAAGCCGUCCACUUGUGGACCAAGUUUUGGACCUUGAGGGAUUGCGAUGGGUUUCCGAACGUCGCAGCGCACCUGCGACUGUUUUUGAAGGCCCUUGGGGGCCAGCUGAGAUCAUUCCAACCAAGGUCUCAGACGAAGAUACCGAAAUGACUGAUGUCUAA